UCACCAAACCCGCCAUUCCACACUAUAUCACUAGUUUACCUUUCACCGUGGCUCUUCCUCCGCCACCACCACCGCUCCGUCCGGCCACCCCUUCUCCCUCUCUUCGUUCAUUUCUUUCUCCUCCAGCUUUCAGUUAGUUAAGGGAAAAAAAGAGACAUGAAAUAUAACCGUUACUACAUAAUUAUAUCCAUAAAAGUCUUUAUUUUAAAUAGAAAGUUUCACUCUUUUUAAGUGAGGACUGUUAAAUUUAAACUACUUUAGCCAGCACUAUACUGUUCAAAACAAAUCAUAACCUAAAUUCUAUAGUGAAUAAAGUUGAGAGUUUUUUGGAGGCAUUUCCAACUGAACCCAAAAACAAAAGUUAAAGCAGCAAAGAACAAAAAGAGAGAGAAGAGGAGAAGAGCUUGAAAUCUGGAGAAGGAUUUUGAAAUUGUGCAAGAAAAGAAAAACUCAGCAGAAACAGCUCGUUUUUGGCUUGGAGUUCUUAGCUGUUUCAAUGGAAGCUAAGUACAUUUUCUCUUCCAUUGUUUUUGUGGGUUUAGCUUUAUUUCUUGUAAAUGCAGACCCAGUUGAAGAUAAGCAAGCUCUGCUCGACUUUGUAAACAAAUUGCAUCACUCUCGGUUACUAAACUGGAAUGAGAGCUCUCCAGUUUGCAGUAACUGGACUGGUGUCACUUGCAGCAAAGAUGGGUCCCGUGUAAUAGCUUUAAGAUUACCUGGUGUUGGGUUUCAAGGUCCUAUUCCAUCAAACACUAUCAGUCGUCUCUCAGCUUUGCAGGUUUUAAGCCUUAGAUCUAAUCUUAUUAGUGGGGAGUUUCCUUCUGAUUUCUUUAAUUUAAAGAAUCUGUCUUUUCUCUAUCUUCAAUAUAACAACUUAUCUGGGUCAUUGCCUGUUGAUUUCUCUGUCUGGAGUAAUCUUACCAUUAUUAACUUGUCUAACAAUAGAUUUAAUGGGAGCAUUCCUCUUUCCCUUUCUAAUUUAACUCAUCUUGCUGCUUUAAAUCUCGCCAACAAUUCUCUUUCUGGUGAGAUCCCUGAUUUUACUUCGCCUAAUUUGCAAGUGCUAAACUUGUCUAACAAUAAUCUCACCGGUGGUGUACCGAAGUCACUUAGAAGAUUCCCUAAUUCAGUGUUUUCUGGUAACAAUAUUUCGUUUCCAAACUCUGCUCCUCAUGCUUCGCCUGUUUUUCCCCCUUCUACUGUUUCUGACCACAAAUCUAAGAAUGCUAGAGGGCUUGGUGAAAAAGCACUAUUAGGAAUUAUAGUUGCUGCUUGUGUUUUGGGGCUUGUGGCGUUUAGUUUCUUGAUAAUUGUCUGUUGCUCAAGAAAGAAGGGGCAGGAUGAGUUCUCAAGCAAGCUGCAGAAGGGAGAAAUGUCGCCGGAGAAAGUGGUUUCGAGAACUCAGGAUGCUAAUAAUAGAUUGGUUUUCUUUGAGGGAUGUAAUUAUGCUUUUGAUUUGGAGGAUUUAUUGAGGGCUUCUGCUGAGGUUUUAGGGAAGGGUACAUUUGGUAUGGCUUAUAAGGCAAUACUAGAGGAUGCAACCACAGUAGUGGUAAAGAGGUUGAAGGAAGUGAGCGUCGGGAAGCGGGAUUUUGAACAGCAGAUGGAGAUUGUUGGGAGUAUUAAGCAUGAAAAUGUAGUCGAACUGAGAGCCUACUACUAUUCGAAAGAUGAGAAGCUGAUGGUGUAUGAUUAUUACACUCAAGGCAGUGUUUCUUCUAUUCUACAUGGUAAAAGAGGAGGCGAGCGGAUAUCUCUAGAUUGGGACACCAGAAUGAGAAUUGCUAUAGGUGCAGCAAGAGGCAUUGCUCGUAUUCAUACAGAGAAUGGUGGAAAAUUUGUCCAUGGGAACAUCAAAUCCUCAAACAUCUUUCUCAACUCUCGACAAUAUGGCUGUGUGUCUGAUCUUGGUUUGUCAACUAUAAUGAGCCCAUUAGCUGCACCUAUUUCUCGUGCUGCUGGUUAUCGUGCCCCAGAAGUGACAGACACCAGGAAAGCAGGACAGCCUGCAGACGUCUACAGCUUCGGGGUAGUGUUAUUGGAGCUUCUAACUGGAAAGUCCCCCAUACAUACUACUGGAGGUGAUGAGAUUAUCCACUUAGUCAGGUGGGUUCAUUCAGUAGUUCGAGAGGAGUGGACGGCUGAAGUGUUUGAUGUGGAGCUGAUGAGGUUUCCAAAUAUAGAGGAAGAGAUGGUGGAGAUGCUACAAAUAGCAUUAUCAUGUGUGGUAAGGAUCCCAGAUCAAAGACCUAAGAUGCCAGAUGUAGUUAAAAUGAUAGAAAGUGUUAGACGAAUUGAUACUGAUAAUCGACCAUCUUCAGAAAACAGAUCCCAAAGCUCUACACCAACACCACCACCUCCGGUAAUGGAGACGGAUUCCUGAGUUAGCAGAGAACAUGAUUAGUCAUUUGUCUAUGUUUUGUUCUUUUUUUUUAAAUCUUUUUACCUUUUUUUUUUUUUUUUUGUGGGCUCAGACCGCUAUUUCUCAAAUGUUAUUUAUUUUGCCCCUGUCCAUCAAACAGAGUCUGAUAAAAAGAUUGCUAUCCGUCUUAAUGAAGUGAAGCCAGCUAUAAUGAUCAA